AUUGUUUGAGAAAAUUCGUUUAAGUAUAUUGUUUGUUUUAUUUUGUUCUGCUGUUGAGUAUGUUGUCUGUAUUAUCACCAGUAGGAACUAUUAUUACGUUCCGCUGCGCUAUGUUGCACACGGACCUUUUUUUGUUAUGUUGUUAAGAACCACGUGAAACAGGUGAAUAAGCUAAAGAGGAAAAAAGGUGCUCAAGUGAAGUUAAGUCACAGCAAAAGUGAAGAGAAUCUAUUUGUAAGAAUUUUGGGUUUCUUUGCCAAGUGAACUUAUUCCCUCUUGGUUAUGUGCAGCCAGCGAGUUUGACGGUGGAUUUGACCGUGAAGUGCAACAAGUGCAAUAAGGAAAGAUUAAAUCCAUCAGUAACAUCUACUGUGUCGUGUAUUUCCUGGAGGGAGUGAUAGUCAAACUCGGUGCUGGUCAAGUUCGCUGAAGUCAGAUGCAGAGCUAACGGCACGCAAAGCUGAAGUGAACUUCAUGACUUGCCUGAACAUGCCCAGAACGGACAGCCCGUCAAGAACCACAGAUAAGCCACAGUUUGUAGUUAAUUAACGUUAUGUGCAAGUUCAUAGUUGAGUUUGUGAUCUGAACGUGAAACAAAGACUGACUACUAGUUAUUUUGUUUAUUUGUUUACAAAGUGUUUUAAGGUGAAGAUUGCAUUUAUGUAACAUUUGAAGAAAGUUUAUUGGGUUCUUGUGAAAGAUAAUAGAAUUGUACAUAUAAGCUGAUAUAUUUUUAGUUUAAGGUUCAGGGUUCUAUAUAGUGUUCAGUAUUUUCAUAUAUUCUGUCAGGUUUGAUGUGUGACUAUUGUAUGUAUAUAUAACGUCCAGUUAAAUUUAUAUAACUAACAUGUCGCAAACGAGUAAAGAAGCUCAGAGUGUAGUAGCUGCCCUAGAGCAAGAAGUAGAGCUAGAGCAGUUAGAUGAGCUCAAUACUGCUCAACAAGUAACACAAUCUGAAGAGCCCCGUAGAAGUGAAAGAGCCCGCAUGUUAACAGAAAAAGGAAAGGAGUUUCAGAAAGAAAGGAUGCAAGGGCUAUUGCUUCGCUUCGACAGCAUAUACGAGCGCUGGAAAGCUCUGAUUAAGGUUGCCAAGAAAUCUGUGUUGAAACAGGAUCCUAGUGUCAUCCUACAAGAACACAUCAGCAGUAUUGAAAAGGAAUUGUCUGAUCUGAACACUGCUUAUGAUGCAUAUCGAAGAAUCGAUCGUCCAGAGCAUGAGAUGUGCCGCAAGUUAGAUAACUGCAUAUCAAUCACUCAGAUAGUUGUGCAGAAUGCUCAGUCACAAAUGCAAGGCACAAUGGAGCUGUUGGUUUGGCCUGAUCAUAGCUCCAUAUUUGCAUCUUCAGCUUCCAGUGUUUUGUCUACUGCCUCUGAACGUUUUAAGGCUCAUUCCAUUCAUUCUAACACAUCAUCAGUCAAAAGACAAGAAGCUGCUGCUGAGUAUGUAGCUACACAAGCUGUAUUGAAGAUUAUGGCUGAACAAGAGUGUCACCAAGAGACACUGCAAAGACUUGAGACUGAGGACAAGCUUAUAAUUGCAGACCAAGUAGCAGCUGCAACAGCUCGUCGUCUUCAAGAAGAAAAGGAAGAGACAGAACGCAGGUUAGAAAGAGAGAAACAAGAGGCUGCUCUCUUUCUGUUCAGCAGCAUGCUCCACAGAGCUUUAAGCUACCUACAGUUGUGCAGACAGCCACUCAGGUGAACGCUGAGCAUCAACGCCCACAUGCCAAGAUGAUAAAGUAGAGCUUGUUAAGGUCUUGGCUGAGGCUAUGUCAGCAAACAGACUACCGAUUCCUGAGCCUACAAUUUUUAGUGGGGAUCCACUUAGGUUCAAUCAUUGGAAGACACCCUUUGAAACAUUAAUUGAAAGGAAAAACAUUCCAACCUCAGAGAAGAUAUUUUUUUCUUCAGAAAUAUGUUGGAGGAGCUGCUAAAGAGUGCUGAUUUAAGAAAAUUUGUAGAUUUCUUAUGCAGUUGUGAAUGUGCGAUGGCUCACAAUGAGAGUUUACAUGUUCUUAAUGAUGGUAUUGAGAAUCAAAGGCUUACUGCCAAGUUACCUGACUGGUUGAGUACCAGGUGGAACCGAAAGGCCACAUAAUACCAAAUGGAACAUGGCAAGUUUCCGGACUUCAAACAUUUUGUAACAUUCCUGACAAUGGAGGCUAACAUUGCUUGCAAUCCCAUAACAUCACACCAUGCUUUACGACAGAGUGAAUCAGAUAAAGCAAAGACCAAGUACCAGAAUGCAGUGGUGCCUAAAAGCCAAACUGUAAGUGCUAAAAUAUUUACAACCAACACCGGUGAUAAGGCCACAGUCACAUGUUUGUUUUGUAAGAAACCAGGUCAUGCCUUAUACAAGUGCCGUAAAUUACUUGGAAAACUAGUUACUGAUAGAGUCAAAUUUAUUCAGAAUGAGAAACUGUGUUUUGGAUGUUUGAGUCCUGGCCAUCAAUCCAAGAGCUGUAGCAACCGGAUGGUCUGUGAUAUCUGCUCUAAAUGCCACCCCACAUGCUUACACGAAGACCGUUCAACCAGGAAGUUAAAGGAGAACAAUCUAGGGAGACAAGAUGCAACAAGGAAAGGAUACUGCAAUCAGCGCAACAAGACAUCACCAAGGAAACUACAUCCAACAGAGUUGUACAAGAUGGUAACAGCACCCAAACUUCAGCAAUAGUUCCUGUAUAUGUGUCAACUCCAACUUCAAGGGAAAUUCUCGUCUAUGCUCUUCUAGACUCACAAAGUGAUACUUCAUUCAUUCUUGAAGAAGUGGCAGAUGCUCUAGAUAUGGAAACAGAACAAGUGAAGUUGAAACUCUCUACAAUGUCCUCAAAGGGGACAAUUGUACCCUGUAAGAAACUCAAGGGCUUACAAAUACGAGGGUUGUACUCAUCCAAGAAGAUCACUGUGCCAACGGUUUACACUCGGGAAUUCAUCCCUGCAAAUCGAGCACACAUCCCAACUCCAGAGACUGCCAGAGCAUGGCCUCAUUUGGAGCAUCUUGCAGAACAUAUUGCUCCACAAAUGGAAUGUGAAAUUGGGCUGCUGAUUGGAUAUAACUGCCCACAGGCUCUGAUGCCCAGAGAUGUUGUUUGUGGAGAAGAAAGUCAGCCCUUUGCACAGAGAACUGAUUUGGGUUGGAGCAUUGUGAGCUACAGUGACCGGUAUGAACACUAUGGUGAUGCAAUUGGAGUAGAUAAUAAGAUAAUAAGACGUGCCAUUCAGCGUCUUAUGUGCCUGAAACGGAAGUUUAAGAGAGAUCAGAAAUAUCACGCAGAGUAUGUGAACUACAUGAAUGACAUGAUCAGCCGUGGUGAAGCAGAGAAGGUCCCUGAUGAAGAACUCAACAAUAAGCCCGUCUGGUAUAUUCCUCACCAUGGUGUAUACCACCCUCAAAAGCCAGGGAAGAUACGCGUCAUCUUUGAUUGCUCUGCGAGAUUUCAAGACACAUCAUUGAAUGACCACCUUCUUACAGGGCCAGAGCUCACAAACAAUUUGGUGGGAGUUCUGUGUAGGUUUAGAAAGGGCCCCAUCGCUAUUAUGUGUGAUGUGGAACAAAUGUUCCAUCAAUUCCAUGUAAGACCUGCAGACCAAGACUACCUGAGGUUCCUAUGGUGGGAGAAUGAUGAUUUAGAGUCUCCACCAUUGGUUUUUAGGAGGAAAGUCCAUCUAUUUGGAGCAGCCUCCUCACCUGGCUGUGCCAAUUUUGGGCUCAAACAUGUAGCCACUUCAAGUCAGAAUCAGUUUAAUCAGAACACUGUUAAAUUCAUCCAGAGAAAUUUUUAUGUUGAUGAUGGACUAGUGAGUGUAACAUCUGAUGCUGAGGCAAUUCAACUUGUUAACGAAGCAAGAGAACUGUGUGCUACUGGUAAGCUCAGACUACAUAAGUUCAUUUCCAACAGCAAGAAGGUUUUGGAUACAAUACCAGAUGAAGAGUGUGCUGAAAGUGUUAAGGAAUUGGAUAUAAGUUUAGGGGAACCACUUCUGGAGAGAGCUCUUGGUGUUCGGUGGUGUAUAUCCUCCGAUGACUUCCAGUUCAGAGUUACUGUGAAGGAACAUGCACUGACCAGAAGAGGUGUGCUGUCCACAGUAGCUUUCAUCUAUGACCCUUUGGGCUUUGUAGCACCCUUUAUCCUUCGUGGAAAGCUAAUCUUGCAUCAGAGAUAAAACCAGUUGGGAUGAGCCACUCCCAGACGAACUAAGAGCACAGUGGGAGUCAUGGAUAGACAACCUAAAACCCUUGUCCAGUGUGAAAAUCAAAAGAUGCUACAUACCAACAAGCUUCAAGGAUGUGAAGCAGUAGAGCUGCAUCACUUCUCAGAUGCCAGUGUAACAGGUUACGGGGAGUGUACUUAUCUCAGAGCAGUCAACACCAAUGGUGAAGUCCAUUGCUCACUGGUCAUGGCAAAGGCCCAUGCUGCCCCCACUAAGGUAACCACAGUACCACGGCUUGAGCUGUGUGCAGCAGUGGUAGCAGCAAGGAUGAGUACUGUGCUAAGGAAUGAGCUGGAAAUAGAUGAUCAGGAGUAUUUUUGGACCGACUCAAAGGUAGUUCUUGGAUACAUAAUGAUGCCAGACGUUUUCAUGUGUUUGUGGCAAACAGAAUCCAAAAAAUCAAAUCUACCACAGAUCCCAAGCAGUGGCACUUUGUGCGCUCUGAAGAUAAUCCUGCUGAUCAUGCCUCUAGGGGUCUAACAGCUGAUCAACUUGUUGCUUCAAAUUGGUUCACAGGCCCAGACUUUCUAUGGAAAAAGGAGUGGAAGAAGGGAGUUCAGUGAAGGUGGGAGAGAUCAGUGACGAUGACCCUGAACUUAGGAAAAUUCAGGUGUUUUACACUAAUGCAAGGGAAGACGGGACAUUGGUAGACCGCCUGACAAUUUUCUGACUGGAAAAGAGCAGUUAAAGCCAUUGCUCAUCUCAAGCGCUAUGCUAAACAAAUCAAGGGUUUUAAAGCUAAACUAAAUGAAGCUACAACUGUUGAGGAAAGACAAGAAGCCGAAUUGUUCAUAAUCAGAUUGGUUCAAAGAGAAGCGUUCAGCAGUGAAAUAAAUAUAGAGCAAUACAAAGAGGUAAAAUGUAAGGACAAAGGAAACAAACUAUACCAGUUGAGUCCAUUUAUAGAUGAAUGUGGUGUGCUGAGAGUAGGAGGACGUUUGACAAGAUCUGGCCUUCAUACUCACGUUAAACAUCCUGCCAAAGACAAGUCAUGUGUCUACUUUACUUAUAAAGCAUUAUCAUGAGAAGGUGCAUCAUCACGGAAGAGGUAUGACUAUAAAUGAGCUGCGGUCCAAUGGAAUAUGGGUCAUAGGAUGCAGCAACGCAGUUGCCUCUCACAUCUACAAGUGUAUAAGGUGCAGAAAGUACAGAAGGAACACACAAGAUCCAAAGAUGGCAGAUUUGCCAGAAGAGAGAAUGGAAAUGACACCUCCGUUUACAUAUUGUGGCAUAGAUUGCUUCGGACCAUUCUAUGUGAAGGAGGCAAGAAAGGAACUAAAGAAGUAUGGUCUUCUUUUCACCUGCAUGUGUUCAAGAGCCAUACAUAUUGAAAUGCUUGAUGAUCUUACAUCAGUUGCAUUCAUCAAUGCAUUGCGUGCAUUCAUCGCAAUACGCGGAAAUGUUAGACAGUUGAGAUGUGACCAAGGUACUAACUUUGUAGGUGCCAAAAGAGAGUUCAUGGAUGCAAUGAAAGACCUAAAUCAUGAACAAUUGAAAGAGUAUGGCUGUGAGUUCAUAAUGAACGUCCCAGCAUCAAGCCAUAUGGGAGGCAUAUGGGAGAGACAAAUAAAGACAAUCAGAAGUAUUCUGACAGCAAUUCUUGAUCAGUCUGCUAAAAGACUUGACAGUGCGUCACUAAGAACCUUUUUGUAUGAAGUCAUGGCUAUUAUAAAUAGCAGGCCUCUGACAAUAGAGCAUUUGAAUGACCCAACAAGUCUUGAACCUCUUACACCAAAUCACAUUCUUCUGAUGAAGUCUAGUGUGAUCUCACCUCCUCCUGGUCAGUUUGUAAGUCAAGAUCUGUACCUUCGUAAAAGAUGGAGCCAGGUGCAGUUCUUGGCAAACGAAUUCUGGACAAGGUGGAAAAGGGAGUAUUUACUCAACCUUCAGAAAAGACAAAUCUGGCAAAGGGAUAAGAGAAAUACAAAGGUUGAUGAUAUUGUCAUUCUGCAAGAGGAUAGUGCCCCUAGAAAUCAGUGGAGACUGGCAAGAGUUGUAGAAGUGUAUCCUAGUGCUGAUGGAAGGGUCAGGAAAGUAAAGCUGUUGAUUAGUGACUCAACUUUAGAUAAAGGGGGAAAACAUACUUCUAAGCCAGUUUAUCUUGAUAGACCAGUGCAAAAGCUUGUUCUACUGCUGGAAGCAGAGUAAAUGGUAUUAACCCACUGUUAGGUUGUAAGAUACAUGUAAAAUCACAAAAUUGUGAUUUGGUGGGAGUUUAGCUGACACAAACAUUAUUUGUGUCAUUGUUUGAGAAAUUUCGUUUAAGUAUAUUGUUUGUUUUAUUUUGUUCUGCUGUUGAGUAUGUUGUCUGUAUUAUCACCAGUAGGAACUAUUAUUACGUUCCGCUGCGCUAUGUUGCACACGGACCUUUUUUUGUUAUGUUGUUAAGAACCACGUGAAACAGGUGAAUAAGCUAAAGAGGAAAAAAGGUGCUCAAGUGAAGUUAAGUCACAGCAAAAGUGAAGAGAAUCUAUUUGUAAGAAUUUUGGGUUUCUUUGCCAAGUGAACUUAUUCCCUCUUGGUUAUGUGCAGCCAGCGAGGUAUGUUUAUUUAUCUUUCUUUUCAUUGUGUACAUGUUAAUUCAGUUUACAGUCUGUUUAUGUUAAACGAGCGCGUGCUUAUUAUGUGUAUUUGUUCAUUUGUAUAGUUUGACGGUGGAUUUGACCGUGAAGUGCAACAAGUGCAAUAAGGAAAGAUUAAAUCCAUCAGUAACAUCUACUGUGUCGUGUAUUUCCUGGAGGGAGUGAUAGUUAUUGAUCAGGGUGUGUUAGUCCAGGAGAAUCUCCACACUGUCUGAGACUCCAGUAGACUCCUCUAGUUGUCAGAAGUGUAAUGUUUUAUUAAUAUAAUGAUUAUUUUCAGAUCAUGGAUAGUUUCAGAUCCACAGUCUGCUCAGUGUGUAGUUUCAUCCAUAUCAUUUAUUUAUGUUAGAAUUGAUUGAGGUUCUGUGGAUCUGCCAGGAGGAACAGGGAAAAAUGGUCCAAUUCCAAAAAAAUUAAAAAAUACAAAACUUGAUUGUGAAUAAUUGUGUAUAGACGGUGGAAAGUAGAAGGACAUUCCCUAAAGUGCCAUUCAGACCAUGAUGGAUUAAUAUGAACAUCUCAAAGUGUGGCAAGAAAACCAUCCCCACAUCAGUACACCACCUCCACCAGCCUGCACUCUGGACACAAGGCAGGUCAGGUCUGUGGAUCCAUGCUGCUGGACGUUGUGAUCCUCAGGAGUUUUUUAUCUUCAUCUGUGGAGGUUUGGUGAGGUUUGGUGGUGAAUACAGAAGUACUCUAAGUGUAUGUAAUUUUCUUCCUCUGUUCUGUUCCACACUCAGCAGGACAGAGGUCUUUAAACAUCUCCAUGGGGACAGGACCAGUGAUGUUCACAUGUACCACAGCUGAUUAUUUUUUUUGGUUCUUCACACAACUAAGGUACAGAAGCUAGUGGUGUUUAUUUUAAAGCUAUACAUUAAAAUGAAGCUUUUUUACUUUUUAAUUUUUUUUCCAAGUCUUUUGCUCUAAAGGUUUCUGUGCUCUGGUGCUGGUCAGUUUCCUUGUGUUUGAGAUGAACAGUGUUGAGGGACAGCGAGGGGCUGGACGGUGUAGGACACAUGCAGAACCUCAUCGACAUCUCUGAGCGUUCAGGCUUUAAUCUCCACCUCCUUCGUGCAGAAACAAUAUCAGCAGAACAGCUUCACUACUCAUCUGACCCCUGAGAAAAAUUCUGACCACACUGUAACACUGAAUAUAAUUACACUUACACUUGUGGAGAAAGUAGAUGAUGAUGAUUGAGUAUUAUUAUUAUUAUUAUUAUUAUUAUUAUUAUUAUUAUUAUUAUUAUUGUUGUAAUUCAGUGUAUUCUAAUGUAACAUUUGUCAUUUAAUAUUUGCUCUGUUUCACUUUUUAUACAAUAUUAUACUACACUAUUAUAACAGUAAUAUUUCUUAUUGCUUUAAAUUUUUAGAUUUUGUUUUACACUUUUAUUUUAAUGUUUUUAUCCUGGCUGUACAUUACUAUGAACCAAAACACCAAGGCAAAUUCCAUGUACACAUAAAACCCACAGUACCUCUCAAUAAAACUGAUCCUGACUCUU